AUGGGCUCAAGCUGUAAUAUAUUCGUACUUUUUGAGCUAGGGUUGUGCAUUUGCAUUUCGCAAGUUGUAAAGUUCUACGUCUCUAAACUUUGGUCGUCUGAAGCAAAGGAAAAAGUCAAGAUGGCAUCUGGUGGAAUGGUUCUUAUCAAAUAUCUCUUAUUCUUCUUUAAUUUCAUUUUCUGGGUAAGUAUAUUUCUCUUUACGUGACCUCUUCUUGAAACUAACGAGUGUUGUACAUUUCUGGAAGCUGUGAAGCUCAUGCAUAAUACGCCUUAUGCAUGGCGCCUCUGUAAGUCGAGGUUGCGUGCUUAUCUCAGAAUUGAAAGUGGAAGUGAAAGUGUAUAUAUGUAUCUGGCUGACAAGUUCAAUGUUUUCUCACAAACAAAUUUUGCUCCUCUCCGAACCAAACCAAUCUCGAUAUCUUCGAAACAUGUACGGAACAUUUGAAAACCGCACCAGUCUAUUUCGGAAGAGUUACGAGUAUACUGGUCGUGAUCGAAAAUGUGUCACCGUUUAAGUAAACCUAGGUGACGAACAAAUUUCGAAUGAAAUAGGAUUUACCUUAGCGUUUUUGACGCGCCUACUUUUCAAGGUUCAGUCGCUUAAGUGAAUUCGUUUAACUUUCACAACCCAACUAAUUUGCCAAAUCAAACUUUACAGAAUCCUCAAACAGGGAUCAAUAAAUUAUUGAUGUACUGUUCUUGUUGCACGUACUAGGGGAUAUUUAUCGUCUACACAAGACCGCCAAUAGCUUACUCAAUCGAAGUCACAUAUAUUCGUGUUCGUUGAAGCGUAUACUGCUUGCUUUUGUGUAUAUUUUGCUUCUUUUAUGUUUUUCCAGGUUCAGUGAGCAUAAUAAAUAACUGUUCCUUUCCCUUUGUUUGAUUUAAAGGUAUUACAAGAUAAUUUAUUCCGCCAUAUUUCUAGCUCAGUCAAGAAAGCAUGAGAGAGAUUUUUUUUAAAAAUCACUCAAUAUUUGUAUGUUUCCAACUGGUUCUGUUUAUUAAUUUUGGAAUUCCUUGACCCUUAUUUGUAUGUUGAUUUACAUAAAAACAUCUGUUGAAAUUCAAACUAAAUCCAUUGCAUUGCUUUCUUAAAAAAAAUUCAAUAUUGCCACGGAUAUGAUAUUUCUGAGGAAGCAGCCGUAUAUGAAUGAAAGAUGUUCUUGUUUUUCUUUUAUAAAAUGCUUUUAAAACUUCCUGUAGAAAAAAAAAAACUCAAAUAAAUGAAUAAACUUAAGAAUGUUUUCCAAGCAUCUUUUCUGUUACUAUGGCUCCCAUUGUAUAGAGUGGGCAUGGAUACUUAUUAUAUACCAUCAUUAUUGUACUUCCACAACAGAAAAUGUGUUUGUUCUGGUGAAAAUACAUUUCACCUAUUUUCUCUUUCUUUUUCACUUCUGCACUAAGCACCAUAGCCUUUGUUGUCAUAUGAGUUUUCUGAAUGUAAGUGAGUAAAAAACAAAGAAAUGAUACAUUCGGUUAAGUUUUAGACAAGUUUGUUGUAACUAACCAACACCAGUCCGAAAUUGAUUAGUAAACCGUUCAUGCCGUGUUGUCGCCAGAGUACGGCAAAUUUUGGCUGUGUAGUCUUGGGUUUAUUCUACAUGAAACCUGGACAAACUUUAAUAUUCCUGUUGUGUUGUGAGUUAACAUAACAUAACAACUUUAUUUAGGUGUCAAUGUGAUAAGCUAAUUGAAGCUAAUUUGGGGACACUAAGGGAAUAGUGGUUGAUUGUCCUCAAGGUUACUUACGUAAGUAGUAAAGCUGUAACGUAAGUAAAUUUUGUAGUCUUGUUGUAAGUAAGUACCGUGUAGCUGUAUUGUAAGUGAAUGCCAAGUGUGAUUAUAAAAUAAAAAAAAUAAAAAAUAAAUAAAUAAAUAAAUAAAUAAAAAAAAAACAAUUAAUGAAUGAGGCUGAGUAUCCUUAUGAAGAAUUAUGGAUUUUGAGGAGGGUGUUAUCUGUUGAGACUGUAGGCUUUCGUAUCAUAUGAAGAAUUAUGGAGUUCUUGGUGCAUUAACCUGCAAGGAAGCUGCACUUUUGACGUCACCGGUUGAUUAAUGGCAAAAUUCUUCCAAAUUUGGGCAUCAGUAACUGGUUAUGGUGAAUUGUGCAUGUUAGCCAACCAGAAUUGGGGAAAUAUUUUGAAUGAAUAAUAAAAUAAUUUAUCAAGAGGUAUCAAUAGUAAUUAAUCAUUUAAAUAAAGGGUAUGUCAUGGAAAUUACACUGUUACUGGCAGCAUUUUUGUGGGUCAGAUUUUAGAAUUUUACAGUAUGUCAAUGAAUUUUUUUUUUUCAGCUCUCGGGCCUCGCUCUGAUUGUGGUUGGUGCAGUCAUCAAGGCAAAAUAUGGCGACUUUGUUGAAAUAUCCAGUAGCAGUCUGACAACUGGACCAGUUUUUCUCAUCAUAAUUGGCGUGAUUGUUGCCAUUGUUGGAUUUUUAGGAUGCUGUGGAGCGUACAAAGAAAAUUACUGUAUGGUUACCACGGUAAGUAAUAUGUGGUAGCGGUGGGGGGGGGGGAGGGGCGUUGGGGUCUGGUCUAAAUUCAAAGUCACCCUUUGAUUCUUCAGCACAUGGAAGACAAGACAAAUGCAAGGAGAAUCUGGCAGUUCAUCAGAAGUCACCUGGGACUCCUUUAGUAAAGGAGGGGUGCACAGAACAAAGGCCUACCUUAUAAUUGAUGUGAUGCCAAAUUCUCCCGCUUUCUUUUCAGUUUGCUAUAUUACUGGCAAUCAUUUUCAUCCUGGAGAUUGCAGCAGGUGCCGUGGCCUAUGCCUACAAAGAUAAAGUAAGUUCUUCAGUUCUGUUGGAGCAACAUUCAUAUACAAAACACGGCUGUUGACAGAACCUGGUUGGGACUUGAUUGGAUCAAUCCCCGUAACCCCAUUCCUAACCUUCUGGCAUUUGAUGAAAUACACAGGUUGAUCUGAUCCGGUGCGAUACAGCUGUUUUUGAUGCCUACAAAACACUGUAUUUUUUACCCACUUUAAUAUUAACCUUAUGCUGACACCAUAAAUUUUUAUUUGUUGUAUGAGCACAAUUUAGGACAUUCCUAUUGCUAAAUAUCCAUCAUGAUGUGGCUUGGGUGCAUAUUGGGCCCCUGUUAGUAAUCUAUUUAUGUGCCAUUUUUAUACUUAUACACCAUACAUGUGUAGCAUGGACCCAAUGCAAAAAUGGCUGCUAGAUUAAUAUUCUUGUGUUUGAAUUAAACUUGGCCUGACUAGCCUUUUUGCUUGAGAUAAGGCAUUCUUUUGUAUUUUGUACUUAAGAACGAGGCUAGUGAGGCUUUUUUGAAUAUGAACAAAAGAACAUGAAAGUAUUGUGGCCAUUUCCUCUGCUUUAGGCCUACUGAAUUUAUAACUUACACACACUGUGUAGCGGCACCCGUGUUCCGCCCUUUUUUACAUCAUGUAUGUGACUGGUUUCUGCUAAUGCGCGCUAGUUUUGUUAUGUUAUCGACCACGCGGUCCAAUGUAGAGCCCAGAAAGGCGUAAGUUUUUACCUUUCUGCUUACUGUUUUCCAGUUUUUCUGUAUACCAAUUGUACAUCUGUAUAUCUUAAAUUUGAUAGAGUCACUUCUUUAGCGAUUGGAGAUGUAUUACGUGUAUGCAUUUGUUAUUAAAGCUAUGAUAAUCUGUUCAAGUAAAAUGGGCAUUUCGGAUUUUGGACCCGCGCUGGCAUACACUGACUUGCUGAUUUUAAUAUCUUCCUUGCUGUUAAUUUAGCUUGAGGAUUAUGUGAAAGAGGGGCUUGAAAAAGGUGUGAAAAAGUAUGCUACCGAUAAGGUUAUCCAGAAGGCUAUGGAUAAAGCACAGAGAGAGGUAAGUUGCAUGUUUUUUGAUCACAAGUGGCCAAUACUUUUGCCAUCUCUUUUAGCCCUACUACCAAAAUACUUAAUGUAUUUUGAUCACAAGUGACCGAUACUUUUUGCCAUCUCUGUUAGCCUUACUACCAAAAUACUUAAUGUACUUUGAUCACAAGUGACCGAUACUUUUUGCCAUCUCUGUUAGCCUUACUACCAUACUUGUUGUAUUUAAUUUUUAAUUAUUAACUGGUAAAUAAGAAAUAUUUGGUUCAGUAUUAAUAUAGGGUUUGGGUGUGUAAAAAACAUAUAGUCUAAGAUUUUUGUGUAUGUGCCACUAGUAUCACUGCCUGAAUCCUUAUUUAUCAAAAUUUGAUGCAGCCAUAUUAAUAACAAUUUGACCAGAUUUGCAUAGUCUGUGCCACAGACAAAACUAAACCUCUGGUUAAAUCCGUCUAUGAGCCAGCGCUGAAUUCCUUGCUCUGGAUCCCCAGCUUUGUACCAGGAUUAGAGUACUCGCAAUUCAUGUGGUUAGCCUGUAAAAAGAGCCAUUGUCUGAUUGCCAAUCCACAGGUUGAAGGGAAGUUUAAAAUGCACAUCCAGUAAUUUGUUGAUUCCAUUUGGGGCCCAGAACAAGGAUAUUGGUGCUGUUUCAUGGUCAUUGCUUAUCAGUGUUAGAUUACAUUUGUGACACAAGCUAGAUUUACAUGGCCUGAUAAUAAUUGUAUUCACGGGAUUCCACUGUCUCUCUUUUUCUUGUAGUUUGAUUGCUGUGGGGCUAAUGGACCCAGCGACUACUACAAUGCUACAGAUUUUCCAAAAAGUUGCUGCAAAAAUGAAGAUGAUUGCCCAAAGGAUGGGCGUGCAGCAAAGACUGAAACAAACAAGGUGUACUCAAAGGUAAGCACAUUUUGUUAGGUGUUUCCUCAAAGAUAUACUGGGUUGGAUUAACUUGGGUUGCGGUGGACAAGUCAAAUAUUGAGGCAUGGCCAGAGACAAAGUGUUGUUGUAGAAUGUACAAAAACUCUGUUUAGUAUCAUGGUCUAAAAGCAAAAAAAAGUUGAAAAUUUUGUGGUCAACUUCAGAGCUAAUUCCUUUGAAUUUCCUCCUCAUCUCUUGGAAUUUCAUCAAUUUUUAAUUCCUGCUCAGUUUGAUGUUUUCAAGAUUAAUCUUGUUGUCCUACUUUCAGGGUUGUCUGACAGAACUUGAAAAGUACCUUAAAGAUCACAUUAUUGUUGUUGGUGGAGUUGGAAUUGGUAUUGCUUUCAUUCAGGUUUGUAACUUAACAUGUUCUUGUACUGUAUCUAUUGGAGGGUGUCAACUUCAAAGUAAUAACUUAAGUCAGAUGUAGCGCUUGGUUCCCUGUCUGUACUGAGUGAGCUGUCAUAUUGUUUUCCCUCACUAUCCAUCUCUUGAAUACAGUCAAACCUGUAUUAACCCAUUAAGUCCCAAUAGUGACCAACAUUGACCAACAUCAUUUUCUCCUAACAAUAUCCAUACAUAGUCAAGAGAUAUCGUUAUCAGAAGUAAUAAAAUGAUCACCAAAGAGAAAAUGCCUUGAUCUUUUGUUUAAUUCUCUCAACUAAUUCUUAAAGGAGGUGUAUAGAGAUCAGUUUGGAGAAUUUGUAUGUGGAUGUUUGGGGCUUAAAGGGUUAAGCAGUCACCCUUUGGGAGUGGCUUACUGACACCGUUUAAUACAGGUUUAACAAACCUGAGAGUUGUUGAAGAAAAUGGAAAAGAAUGACCUCAAAGUG